CCAUAGCGCUCUUCCGACCAUAUCCGCUUCUCGAGCGCUUCACGCUUCAAAAACUCAAAAACCAAAACCUCAGCAAAACCCACACAUGGCAGUUUCUUCUCCGAUUCUUCCUGUUUUCUACCUUUCUUCUCCUAUUCCAAGAUGCAUUUCCUCCUUCAAAUCUCUUUCCUAUUUUUGCUUAUCCAUGAGUAGAGUCCCUGCGCGAAAGCGCCUCUUCAUCACAGCGAAGGCCGUCUCCCUCCAGAGUAGAGAAGAGCUCGAGACCGUCAAUAUCGCUGAAGACGUCACCCAGUUAAUUGGGAGGACGCCAAUGAUUUAUCUCAACCAUGUGGUUGAAGGUUGCGUGGCUAAUAUUGCUGCAAAACUUGAAUCUAUGGAACCUUGUAAAAGUGUCAAAGAUCGGAUUGGAUAUGGCAUGAUAAAUGAUGCUGAAGAGAAGGGGCUUAUUUCUCCAUUAAAAAGUAUUUUAGUAGAACCGACUAGUGGAAAUACUGGAAUCGGUAUUGCAUUUGUAGCUGCGGCAAGAGGAUAUAAACUUAUUGUAACGAUGCCUGCUUCCAUAAAUCUAGAGAGACGGGUUCUUCUUCGUGCAUUUGGUGCAGAGAUAGUUUUAACUGACCCUGCGAAAGGUCUAAAAGGGUCUGUUGACAAAGCGGAAGAGAUAGUGUGUCAAACACCUAAUGCUUAUAUGUUUCAGCAAUUUGAUAAUCCCAUCAAUGCCAAGAUCCACUUUGAAACCACAGGCCCGGAAAUAUGGGAGGACACAAUGGGUGGGGUUGACAUAUUUGUUGCAAGCAUAGGCACAGGUGGAACAAUCACAGGGGCAGGUCGUUACCUGAAAACAAUGAACAAGGACAUAAAGAUAAUUGGAGUGGAGCCUUCUGAAACUAGCGUCAUUUCUGGGGACAAUCCAGGUUAUAUACCGAGUAUUCUGGACGUUAAAUUGAUUGACGAGGUUAUAAAGAUAAGCACUGCUGAAGCUGUUGAGGUUGCGAGAAACUUAGCUUUGAAAGAGGGCUUGCUGGUUGGCAUUUCUUCAGGAGCUGCUGCUGCCGCUGCCAUUCAUGUGGCAAGGAGGCCAGAAAAUGCAGGAAUGCUGAUCGCAGUUAUUUUCCCCAGUUUUGGAGAGAGAUAUAUUUCCACAGUUCUUUUCCAUCCUAUACAUGAAGAAGUUCGCAAACUGCGGAAGAGGUGAAUCCUGAAAGCCACCGUGCUUGAAAGAACAAACACAACUGAGAAAAAUGA